AUGCUCUGCACAACUUAAAGAUUCCCCGUGGAUCUAUAACGUUAAUGGAAAGGCUGGGUUUGCAGCGGUGAAUGGCAAAGUUGCUUCUUCGGCUGGAUGCAGGUUGGGGCUGUGAGGAUCUGGCUGAACCGUCACAAGGCUCUCCGAUUCCAACUCUCCUGGCUGUCCUAUUGCAUUCCACACUCUCUCCAUUACCAUAGUGGCGUGUUAGCUCAGGCGGGCUCAACGUUUCCCAUUAUUAAUUCCCAACAUAGAUGAUGGUAUUGUCCAUCUCGCGGUGACUGUUUAAAUCAGACAUUUUGAAACGACCCGUUCACGGAAUCUGAAAGCCACUCGUAUUUAAAUACGGUCAUUAUCCAAUAAGCUUUGGAUGGGUUAGCAGCUUUGCUGUCACUCCAAUUCGGACUGAAAAUGGCCAUUCACAUCGAUGGGAUAGUCGCUAUUGUCCUGUUUUACCUCCUGAUUUUAUGUGUUGGAGUGUGGGCUGCUUGGAAAAGUAAAAACUCGAACACAGGACAAGACCGGAGUGAAGCGAUCAUGAUUGGAGGAAGAGACAUCGGGUUACUGGUGGGUAGCUUCACCACGACAGCGACCUGGGUUGGCGGUGGUUAUAUCAACGGCACGGCAGAGGCGGUUUAUGUCCCUGGAUACGGCUUGGCCUGGGCUCAGGCUCCUUUUGGAUAUGCACUCAGCCUGGUUGUAGGUGGUUUAUUUUUCGCUAAACCCAUGCGCUCAAGGGGCUACGUGACCAUGUUGGAUCCAUUUCAGCAGAUCUACGGCAAAAGAAUGGGCGGAUUACUCUUCAUCCCCGCUCUCAUGGGAGAGAUAUUUUGGUCUGCAGCGGUUCUCUCCGCUCUAGGUGCAACGUUGAGUGUGAUAGUGGAUAUUAACAUAAACCUGUCGGUUGUCAUUUCUGCGGUGAUUGCAGUUUUUUACACCCUGGUCGGUGGAUUAUACUCAGUGGCAUACACGGACGUGGUCCAGUUGUUCUGCAUUUUCUUAGGAUUGUGGAUCAGCAUCCCUUUCGCCCUGUUAAAUCCAGCCGUGAAAGACAUCAGCAUCACUGCGAGCCACGAAGUUUACCAGGAGCCCUGGCUGGGUCGUGUAGAAACACCAGAUAUCCCGACCUGGAUAGACAACUUCCUCUUACUGAUGUUGGGUGGGAUCCCGUGGCAAGUAUAUUUCCAAAGGGUCCUUUCUGCUUCUUCUGCAACUUAUGCUCAGGUCCUCUCCUUUCUGGCUGCUUUCGGUUGCGUGGUCAUGGCUGUCCCAUCUGCACUUAUUGGUGCAAUUGGCGCAUCUACUGACUGGAAUAAGACUUCCUACGGUUUGCCAGAUCCCAAGAACAACAAUGAGACUGACAUGAUUUUGCCAAUAGUACUGCAGCAUCUAUGUCCAGCCUACAUUUCAUUUUUUGGUCUCGGAGCUGUCUCUGCUGCAGUGAUGUCAUCGGCAGAUUCUUCCAUUUUGUCAGCAAGUUCCAUGUUUGCUCGGAAUAUUUACCAUCUUGCAUUCAGGCAACAGGCCACAGACAAAGAAAUAUUGUGGGUAAUGCGAAUCACUGUAUUUCUAUUUGGAGGAGCUGCAACAUCUAUGGCUCUGUUGGCUCAAUCUAUCUACGGUCUAUGGUAUCUGAGCUCCGAUCUCGUCUAUGUUAUUAUCUUUCCUCAGUUAAUAUCAGUACUUUUCAUCAAGGGAACAAACACAUAUGGCUCCAUCGCUGGAUAUAUCAUUGGUUUUUUGUUUCGAAUUAGUGGUGGCGAACCAUAUUUACAUCUGCACCCGUUUGUUUGUUAUCCAGGAUGCUAUUUAGAACAUAGCUUUGGAGGUGAACCGAUCUACGUUCAACGAUUCCCCUUUAAAACCAUGUCAAUGUUAUUCUCCUUCUUAGGUAACCUUGGUGUUUCAUAUCUAGCUAAACACCUGUUUGAAAGUGGAAUAUUGCCACCAAAAUUAGACUUUCUUGACAGCGUUGUGUCACGACAUAGUAAGGAAAACAUGGACAAAACAACUUUGGUGAACCAUGACAACAUUACUUUGUCAGAGCUGGCGCAUGUUAAUCCAAAACGCAGUGCUUCAGAUAAUGCUGCUUACAGCAAUAAGGAAGCAUUUGAUGACACUGAGCCAAACCCUGAAUUUUCCAAAUCAGACAAUGAUUGAUCCUCAGACCCCGUUAUCUGUUGAGUUCAGUGCAAUCAUAAUCAACCAAGGACCAUACAUUAACAAACUAAAAUAGCAUUUUAGUAGUUACUAUAUUUUUAGAAAAUAAAAUUCUUUAUAUCAGUGCUUUACUGAUGGUUGUUCACUUAAAUACUGUUCUAUAGUAUUGUUUUAAUUUAUACACAUGAAGUCAGAUUAAGCUAUAAUUUUGAAUCUGAAUUGGUAACAGACUACUUUAUAUUGUACAUUGCACAAACAAGAUAUCAUCAUUUAUAUGGCUACGAAACAUUAUAUAGAGAGGAUGGCAUCAUGAACUAUCACAAAUUCAUUGGUCUGUUGUUCUCCCUAUUCUUGGGUCAAACUUUGUAAUGAACUGGACUCAGCUAGACAGCUAACUUAUCACUUGUUGUUGAGUUCUCAGUUGUAAUUUACUGUUCCAUUUACAUAUACUUACAUGUCUAAAUACAUCCCCAAGUUUAUACAAAUAUAUGUACAUAUAGAAUGCAAUUUUUAACUUAUAAAAUGGGGUGUGUGGGUUAUAGGGGGAUGGGUCUGGGUGGGUUGCUCCAAGGGGCAGUGUGGACUUGUUGGGCCGAAGGGCCUGUUUCCGCACUGUAGGGAAUCUAUUCUAAUCCAAUAAAAUAGCAGAGUGUUCAGUAAUCCAGUUAAUGCAAUUUAUUACUUAAUUGUUUCAACUAUAAUAUGUAUUCCUUUCCUGUUAAUUUGGGAAAUUUGGUGAAAAUUAAUUCUUGCAAUUCUGAUUCACUCAUUGCUAAAACCAAAUGAAACAAGGAAAGUGUGGAGUGGGGAGAGAGGAGGUCAUCACCUACAACAGUAGAACCACCUUUAGAAAUAAAUGUAGCCAUGAAUGCUAUAAACAUUUGGCAUUUUAUUGUAGAAUAUUAUUUGCACCUUAAAAUAUGCAGUAUCAAAUAAUUCAGAUUAUCACCAGUCCCUGAUAAUAACACAAUGAUCUGUCAUUUGAUAAAAGGACCCAAUCAGUCAAAGCAGUAUAUUAGUUACAGAUGUUAUGGAGGCUAAAUAAAAUGGCAGUAGGUUUCUUCACAAAGUAUCUAUUUUUGUCUAAGGCCAAAAAAUCAAAUAUAGCAAUACAUUAAUGAUAUGUUAAAAUUUUAUUUUAUAGUAUACGUUGUAUAAUACAGUUUAAGUAAGAUGUUACAGGUUGAGUUCUAUAAAACGCAAUGCAAGAUUUGCACUUAAAACUUUUUAUAAUCUGAUGAUUUUAGAGCAUAGUUAUUGUUCAUUGUAAGUGAUAUCUUCACACUUAGCCAGUUGGCAAAUAAAUUGAAAUACAAUAAAGUUAUUUUUACCUGUUAGAACACACAUGUAUCACAGCUUUGCAGAAUGGUGAUAUAUCCUUUCUUUAAAACUGUGGGACCAGAAUUACUCUGCGGUUCUACCUGUUUCCUGUAACAGUUGCAAAAGGACACUAUCAGCCCCAUCGGUCAGAUGACCAACCUUACAAAGAAGCUGAAGAGCAAAUGCUGAGUGUAGGCAGUCAUAUUGGACUCGAAAUAAUAACUCUGUUUCUUCACAGAUGCUGCAGGACCAACUGAGUUUCUCUUGCAAUUCCUGUUUUCUAUUUCAGAAUUCCAGCAUUUGCUGUAUUUUGCUUUUAGUAUUAUAGCUCCGUAUUAACUUGUUGCUGCCCCAUUAAUCCUGCAAAUUUUGGUGAAGUCAACAUUAGACCAAAGUAAUUGCGUCCUGAAUGAUUUUAGCAGCUAUGUUCUGAAAGUGAAUGUCAUAUAAAGUACUUUUGUGUUUCAAAAAUUAGGCAUGUUUAAUCUUGGAGAAGCAUUGAAGUAUCCUUAUUUCAAUCUCUUCUAUUUAAAUCAUGUUCUUCUUAAUAUUUUAGAUAUUCUGAAUGAAUCUGUUCUUCUAAUCAUCUACCAUCCUUUGCAUCAAUUGAAUUAAUGAAUGUAGCUUAUAAAAAAAAUCUGAUCUCAAGAGUCCUACAUCUUUUCCUGGUGUUAGUUUACACCAAAUGUAUAUGUUUCCUCGUUCAUUGAUGUUUUAUUGCACAUUCCUUCUGCAAUCUUAAGUAAGACAAUUUAUUCAAGCAUAAUAUGCCUAUCUGUAAGAUUGUACAGUCCUCCAUCAUGAUAUCCAAUUGCUUCUUAAAUGAUUGAAUGGUUUUUAUUUCAAAUAAAUAUCAGUUUGUACAACAAAAUUUUCAUAAAUAAAUUGUUAAUGUCAGCGCUAGAUUGGCUUUUGACCAGUUUCAGUUUGUGUUCAGUUGUACUUCUGCCAUUGAAGUCCUGUUCUAAAUUUACUUUUUAAAAACUUGUUUCUAUUUUAUAUACCUCAAUUAAAUCUCCUCCAAAUUGCUUUGUUUGUAUUAUGAUAGACCCAGGUCUCUACAACCUUUCCUCAUAAUUCAGCCUGAAUUAAAGAAUCUGUCUGCUGGAUCAUCUAUAUGCCCCGCCCUGAGUUUGAUCAUGCUUUGUUAUUUCUUGAUGACAAAAAUUAAGUGCAAUGUUCAAAGUAUGAUAUGUUUGGAACACUAGAGUCUUAAUAUUCAAAUUAUAUCAACCUUCUACAUUGUAUUCUGCUGGUUCUGACAAUAUAGCUCAUAAUUGCAUUUUCUUAGAACCUUAGAAUCCCCGCAGUGUGGAAGCAGGUCCUUCAGCCCGACAAGUCCUCACCGACUCUCAGAACAUCCCACCCAGACCCAUCCCCCUAUAACCCGCCAAAUCUACAAAUCCCUGAACACUACGGGCAAUUUAGCAUGGCCAAGCCACCUAGCCUGCACAUCUUUGAACUGUGGGAGGAAACUGGAGCAUUUGGAGGAAACCCAUGCAGACAUGGGGAGAAUGUGCAAACUCCACACAGACAGUUGCCCAAGAGUGGAAUUGAAUCCGGGCCCCUGGCACAAUGAGGCAGCAGAUUUUGGGCCCACUAUCAAUUGACACAUUAAAAGCUCUUAGUUUUGUUUCAACUUUACCAACUCUGUUCUUUGAGCAUACAUGAAGCCCAAUUAUUUUCUUUUUAUGUUCAUACCUUGAUUUCUUCCUCUUGAAUCUUACCUGCCAUUAUUCUGUUCAUUUAGACACCUUAUUUAAUUAAUACUAAUAUCCUUGGACAAUUUGCAAAUUUGACCAGUCUGAAUGCAAGUGAUAUAAAUUCUUUUUAAAAAGUCCAAAUAACGAUCAUUAUGAUAUUUGCUUUGGAUAUUUUAAUUUUUCAUCAUAACAGUACUCUGCAACAAGAAGUUCACUGUAGCCUUACCUUCAUCCAAUUCAUUUUAGUUUCAUCAUUUCUUUACUUCACCCAGGAAAAAUUAAGCUUGAAUACAAUCAUAGAAAUGUUUAGUUGGUCCAGGUAUUGCUAAGAAGUCAGUGAGACAUGUAGUCAUUCAUAGUCACUUGAAAAUGUUCAUUGAAACCUUCUGGGGUAACAUCAUGAGUUUACACCAUGAGCAAACAAAGCUAUAAUGAUGGAACUAAUGCAAGGAGUUAAAAACAAAGUAGAGUUCAUUUGGAAAUCCUGAAGUUUUCUAAGAAUGACUGGGAUUGCCAAAGUCAUUCACCGUGCAGGAUAAAUGAAACUCCAGUGGAGACCAGUUAAAAAUGAGGAAGUCAGAAGUAGUGUCAGAAAUCGAUCUUUUUUGACAGAAGUGAUUAUAAGCUUCUGUGAAAAUAGAUGGUUUAUAAUAGGAACUGUGUUCUUAGUACUAGAAGGAUUGGAAGACAAUAAUAAGCUAGGUGAUGAUAACCAAAAUGUGACAACUGGGUGGGGGGGAAAGCAAAUGAUCUUUCUGUUUGCAUAAAAAAUUUCCAAGUAUUGUUUUGGUAAUUGAUUUGCAACAAUAAAAUUCAAGUAUUCGGGAAUUAUCGAUCAGGCAUAAAAUAAUUAUUACAAUAUUUUCAAAAUGGUUUUUUUUCUGUGAGCAGAACUUUUGAAGUUUUUAUUUUGGAGUUUCUGGCACUGAAAGUUAGAGACAGGAAGGAAUGCAUAUAACAAACAGAAAAUCAUAGACAAACACUGAAGGUCAGGCAGCAUCUGUGGAGACAGCAACAAAGUUAAUGUUUUGGGUCCACUAUGACUCUUCUUCAGAGUUCUGAGUAUGAGUCAUAUUGGACUCGAAAUGUCAACGCGUUGUCUGCUGUGUUUUUCCAGUAUUCUGUGUUUUGUGUCAGAUUUCCAGCAUCCGCAGUCCUUUGCAUUUAUAGGAAUGUAUGUAAACUGUUUCAAACAUUGUAGCAAGUAUGUAGAGCGUUGUGUGAGUUUUGCCUAUGACUAAUCAUUUUGAAAUGUGAUAUCCUUAAUUAUCUAACAUUCAUUUAAUUAUCAAUGGGGAUAAUGCACUGGCAAUAUAAAAUUCUCGAUUUUGAGAUACCCAUAAUAUGUAAAAUUAUUAUAAAUCAAAUGAAUGGUUUGCAUUGAUAAUUCUGUCAGUGGAUGAGCAACCUCUUAGCUUUUCUCUGACUCAUUUCUUUAAAAUUACUUAACAUCAUAGUUCCAUUCAGAUAUGUUCAAUCAGAUGUGGACCACAUCCGUAGAUAAUUUAAUGUAUGGUACACCUCAGAUGGUUAGUCGCAAUGUUGUAAAUGUACAGUGUAAAUAUAUAUAAUGUAUAUUUUUGUCUGCCAGAGUUGUCAUCUGAGGAUUCUAUCUAGCAUGAUUGUAUAAAACAUUAUUUGUGUAUCCAUUAUUUGUGAAAUAAUAUAGCUGUCAAAUAUGAUAUUCAGGAAGCUAACCGUGAGAUGUUACUUGUCUUCCUUUCCACUAUAACAAUGAUUGUUUGUAAAGUAUCCAUUAUCAACAAAUUCUGAUGUUCAUUAUGCAAU